CAACUCAAAUAAACAAAACAUUACGAACACGCUUUAGGAUAAGAACAAGAAAUAGAUAAGACCCACCAUCCUCAAUAGCUAUACAAUAAAUUUGAGCUCUCCAUUUUGCAGUAGUAAGUCAAUAGUUUUUGAGAGAAUUUUUUUGAGCAAAAAUGGGAUCUUUAAUGGCUGGCUGGGACUCACAUGCCUUAAAUUCUAAAUCAGUCAAAUACAGAAAGAAUUGGUCAUUCACCAAAGAAGAAAUUGAAGCUUACUGGAAAUUAAAGAAGAAAGUAGAGGAGGAUCAUCUUAAAUCCAUUUCUAGUCCAUCUGAUAGCUACCAGGAUGGGGGACAUGUUGAUGAUAGCGAUACAAUAAAGCUGAAGAGAUCAAGCUCCUUGCCUGAUUCCAAGACCAUGAAAGCAGACAAAAGAUUGGAGGAGCUCAUAACGAAAAAUGGAUGGUGGACAAGGAGCAACUCGGCAUUUCUAAAUGAACCUCCAGUACUGGAACGAGCUUCUAAUACUUACGCUUCGCAGUUUCACAUAGCCAACGCGGCUGCCUCAAAAGUUAAUAAUAAUAAUACUGGAAUUAGUGCUUGGUUUAGUUCUUAAUUACUUAAUUUACUCCUACUUGUAUUGUAUAUAUGCAAAAUGCUUGUUUAAUGUAACGACCCAACUCUAGAUGUUUUACAAAUCCAUGUGUAUAAAUUUAGAUAUAAGCUGAGUGUGAUGGUGUGACUGUAUGGUAUGCGAAUAGUUGGAGAGCGUGGAAAGGGACAUUUUGCGAUGCUUUGGUAUUGUAAUUUGUGAGAUUUUGGCAUCUCUCUGGAUUUCUUGUGCAAGGCAGUGCCAGUACUAGUGUGAAAAUUUCACUUGAA